AUGGCUCCCAAACGGGGAGCAUCUUUGACGUACCAAUCUUCGUACUGGGUAUGGGCCACUGUGAAAGCAGCGCUACGCAAACAUUGGAUCCUAUGUCUUGUUGCUGCCGGAACAACUCGGUCACAAAUUCUCACUAUAUCUAUGGCUGCUGUUUUUGAGAGGCAGGCAGUCACACAAGAGCAGCCAAUGAUAGAUGCAGAUAACACCAUCACAGCACCGUUUUCGCUACGGCAAGAACCUUUAAACUUUUAUCAAAGCGACGAUGGCACACGUGAACGUCAUUUCGAGAUAACUGAAUCCUUGUUGGAAGCGUCAAAGAUUCAGUGGUUAUAUAAUGCGCUAGACGAGAUCAUUCUCGACCCACCACAACUACCAUGGACGAAAGAUGAAUGGGUUUUCACUCCCCUCGAUAUAGAUCCGUUACCAAACGUCACAAUGUCUUCGAAGGCGACCUUUGAAGAUGAGAACCAUUCGAAUUCAGAUCCCUGA